AUGGCAGGUAGACGGCGCCCACAAGUCAGCCUUGAGGAGUUUAGCUUCCUUGAAAAGGUUUGCAAGAAGACUACGCCGGAGGAAAGGACUUGGGCGAAGUUGGUGAACCCGAGGACCAUACAUUGGUACUGCGACGGUCCUGAGCCCACCCAAGAAGCGAUAAGAUACGACGAGCGAGUUCACAAACAGAUGGAUGACGCAAAGAGGAGAGCUUUGAUCAAGUCCCAAGCCGUCAAGAAGAGGGAAUCCGGCGAGGAGGUUCCUAAGGCAUCAGCUUCAAUCCCUAAAAGGAAACUGACGACAAAAUCCGACCGUCCCUUUAAGCAACCAAAGGUCUCUCUUGAACCUGUGGUUGGCUUAAUGGCUGAGGGUAACAAGGCCGUCACCCCAGCGAAGCAGGGGAAGGGCAAAGGAUUGAUGGCGGUCCCAGACGGUAAGCAAGAGAGACCUCCUUCCCUUCUUCGUGAUGACUCCAAGUAUGCAUUGGAGAAACUGUCGUCCAUCAUCACGGCAGAAGACUACGAAGACCUGGGAAACCAUUCGACGGAGGCCAUGGGGGAGACGGGCCUCUUCGCCGUCGCUCAGGUUGGUUAUGUUUGUCAAAUAAGUUUUUGUUUUUCAUUCUUCCUGUUACUUACAUUAUGUGACGGUCUCUUUUCUACUUGCAGUCCUUGGUCAUGAUGAAGGGACUACUUGACCGGUGUCUCAACCGUGAGAG